AUGGUAAAGGCCGUCGAUAUAGCUUUUGGAAAAAAACACAUACCAUGUUUCGCACACACUUUGAAUUUGGUAGUACAAAAUUCAAUGCAGCAGUGUACAGAGCUGCGAAACUUAAUAAAUAAAGUCAAAGAUAUUGUGACAUGGUUCAAACAAAGUAAUAUGGCCAGUAACAAAUUACGUAAAGCAACCCAGAAAGAAACUUAA